AGACUUCUAUUCGAAGUCGUCCCAGGCGUCAUUAUGUGUGUCGAUCUAACACACAUAAGAUGCGUUGAUACCCGCUAUCCUGGUGCGAGCCAUGAUUCUCACAUAUGGAACCUAAGCAACGCAAGACGAUACUUCCAAUCCAAAUAUCAGAAAGGUGAUAGGAAUACUUGGAUUCUAGGUGAUGCUGGUUAUCCAUUGGAACCAUGGAUAAUGACUCCAUAUCGUUGUGCUGAAGCUGGAAGUGCAAAGAGCACAUACAAUAGUAGACACAGCAAAACACGGAAUGUUGUGGAAAGAACUAUAGGAGUUUUGAAGAACAGAUUUCGGUGCAUACUGGGUGCACGUCAACUACAUUACAGUCCACAAAAAGCAGCACAGAUUAUCAAUGUGGCUUGUGCAUUGCAUAAUAUCUGUAUACAUUAUCGUGUCUUGGACAACACGAAUAUUCCUCACUUUGAUAUUGAGGACCAAGAAGGAUCACAGGAAAAUAUCGGCAUUGAUGAUUCGAGUAGUUACCAAAAUGUUGCAAACGCUAUGAGGAAUAACAUUCGGAACACAUUUGUUUAAAAAAAGAAAAUUUAUUGAAAAUAAAAAAUUAC